UCCCCCUCCUCCUCCACCACCUCCUCUCCGCUCAGCAGCUGCUCAGACUCCGGGGCCAGUCCCGACACCCUCUGCCGGGACGGGUUGACCAGCUCCGGACCUGCCAGUGAACCCGAGGGGGCAGGGGUCAGCGGCUCCAGCCCCUUGCCUGAGCGAGCCGAGGUUAUAGCCAGCAGCCUGGACUCGCUGCCUGACAGCCCUGCUUCUGAUCAGGAGCCUGACGGUGAGCUAACUAUCCCAGGCACCGUUGAACCAGGAUCGGUGAGCAGGAUCCCACCCAAGACCCCCGUCGAAUCCCACUCGGACGUCAGCCAGAACCUCAGUCCCGCCUCUCGGGUCCUCAGUCCGGGUUCAGCCGGGCGGCCCGACCCCGGGGCUGGCCGCAAACCCGCCGCUGCGGUCCAUCGCUUCGCCGACGCUGACAGACUGAAGGCAUCACCGCCCGAGGGCUUUAGGGGUGAAGGGCCUUCUCUCCAGCCCCAGCCACCCAUCCUGAUCUUCAGCGACCAGGGUCAGCUUGCACUGACCGAGCAUCGGGAUGCAGCCAGCAAGUGUCCUGGGCAAGCACGGGUUACGCUCUCUCCGUUCGACGAGGCUCCCAGGCCGUUCCCUGUGACCAGGACACAGGACACGCAGCUCAUGAUCUUUGAAGACUCUCCAACUUAUAACAAAGCCAAGUCUGAAGAGCUCCACCCGGGGACCAAAGCCCAUCUUGGAGAGCUCCGCCAGGGGGACAAAGCCCAGCCUGGAGAGCUGCGCCCGGGGACCAAAGCCCAGCCUGGAGAGCUGCAUCCGGGGACCAAAGCCCAGCCUGGAGAGCUGCGCCCAGGGACCAAAGCCCAGCCUGGAGAGCUGUGCCCGGGUACCAAAGCCCAGCCUGGAGAGCUGCAUCCAGGGACCAAAGCCCAGCCUGGAGAGCUGCGCCCGGGGACCAAAGCCCAGCCUGGAGAGCUGCGCCCGGGGACCAAAGCCCAGCCUGGAGAGCUGCGCCCGGGGACCAAAGCCCAGCCUGGAGAGCUGCGCCCGGGGACCAAAGCCCAGUCCGCAGAGCUCCGCCCGGGGACCAAAGCCCAGUCCGCAGAGCUCUGCCCGGGGUCCAAAGCCCAGCCUGAUAUGAGGGCACCCAAAAACAUCACCUCUUUCCACGAAUUGGCACAGAAGAGAAGGCAAAGCGCAGCCGGACAGCCAGCCACCAAGGCCAAAGAGGAUAAGAGCGACUGGCUAAUGGCCUUCUCCCCCGACAACGAGCUGCCCCCACCUCCAAAGGCCUUGCUGCAGGAGCAGGCAGGAGCUGUCCUGGAGUCCCAGGACACUUGGAGGCAGCAGAAGGCAGUGAUCACCUUCAGGGAGCUUCGGUACAGGAACCACAUGGGUAGGUGGAGCGACACACGGUGUGGUCCGACACACCCCGCCAUGAGGGACAGCGCCCAGCAAGGCUCAGAGGCUGGAAACCAGACGCCCAGGACCGCAGCGGCCAAGGGCUCAGGAAAAAAGGACAGAGAGGGCCAGUCAGCCAACACAGGAUCCACACAUGGCAAGACUUUGUCAGAGGCGGCAAGGGGAAUAUCGGAUGGAGCAGGCACUGGGCAGCCAAGGGGCCAGGAUCUCUUCGGCGAGCCCCAGUGCUCAGCUGACCAGGAUAGCAGUCAGGAUACCGCAGGCCGCCUCUCCACACGGACAUUCCUCAGAGCAGAACGAGUGAAGGGUCAGAGCGAGGCUCGAGCAGAGGAACUGGACGGAGGAAGCGACAGAACACGUGGAAAGGCUGACGGCCGAGACAAGACCAUCAAAGAAGCGUUCGCAUCUCUCUUCCCCAGAAUCCAGAGACCCAAUACCCUGCAGCUCCAGCCCUUCCACCUUUGCCUUCCAGCUGACAGGAACCCGCUGUCUCCUGGCAUUUUCCGCCAGUCUGCUACUGACCGUCACUGGCUGCACAGCUCUGUGGCCAGUGUCAACCCUGUCUUCCCCCAGACCCUGACUGCCCUAUGCCCUCUGAACUCAACACCCCUGGGUCAACCUUUGUACCAGGAACUGCAGCCGCGCUGCCGUGACUUGCCACCUCCUGAAAAGUCUGAAGUCAGCACUGCCUUCCAGCCGGACAAUGGCCCCUACCCCGCAGUUCUGCGCCCCUCCCCCGUUGGGGCUUACUCUCCGCCUCAGCGUGGAAGCCUUCCCCAGCUGGACACACCGGACCACUCCUGCCUCUGGUCUCCUUUCUUCCCAAGGAGCCGGACCUUCCCAGCUGACCCACCCCGCAUUCCCUCACACUUCCCCCGCCAAGGCAGUGCCACCCGUUCCCGUGGAGCUUGGUUCCCUCUUGGGCUGCACUUUGGGAUCAUUUCCCCAAAGCCUCAUCCUCCGUCCUGUAUGGAAAGCUGCUUCCGAAGGAACAUGCGUUGGAAUUGUCAUGGAACAGAGGCAAAGGGUGCAGGGUAUUCCAUUUGGAACAUUGGCAUUGGCCGGAGCCGUUCUUUACCCGGCCGGACCCGGACGGAAUGGUGUGGAAUGGCCAGCACCGCGAUGACCCCCUCCCUUCACACACCCUUGCUGGAGGGCAGCGUUCCCUCAGACAGUCCACAGCAGAAGAGAGGUCUGCUGUGGCCCGUGAAUGUGGCUGUCGAUAAAAUCGUCUCCAAUUUCAGUGUUGCCCGGAACAUAGUACAGAAGGCACAGCUCGGAGAUAGUAGGGUCAACCCCUCAGUGGGUCGGCUGGUGUUGGGAGACCUCUGUCCAGCUCUCUACACUGUGCUCCACGAUGGACUGAAUCUCUACCAACAGGACCUGAUUUUGGGCCGGAGGCCAAACUCGCCUUGGUCAGUGGUGGAAGCAUCAGUGAAAGCAGGUCCCUCCCUGAAGCCCCUGUACAGCCUGUACUAUCAGCUGGAUCAGUUCUCCCAGCUCAACAACUCCCAGAAGAAGUUCAAUGCUUUUAUAUUUGGCCUGUUAAACCUCAAACGCCUGGAUUUCUGGAUCUCCUGUCUCCACAGCUGCAGAGAGGUUCUGAGAACACACUACUCUCCGAUGGCGUUCCUCUCGCUCUCUCACAGUUCCUGCAGAGCUCUCUUCGAAGAGCUCCUGCUGCUGCUGCAGCCUCUCUCAGUCUUCACCUUCCACCUGGACCCCCUCUUUGAGUAUCACCAUCAGUUCCUGGCGGAUCAGGGGGUCCUCGGGAGCGACCCCCAGCUCCGGGGGCUUGACCAGAAUGAGCGGCACACUACCCAGCCGGGUGGGACCCAGCAGCGCCAAGGUGGACUCCCCAUGGCGGCAAGCGGCCAACCACCUGAGGGUGAAGAGGGGCUGGGGACGGGCCUCGUUCGGAAGUCUCAGCCCCAAGGCUCAUCCGAUCGAGCGGAGCAGCUCGGCCAUCGGAGGGAGGCAGCGGCCGAGGAGGCGAGGGAUCGAGAGGCGGCACAGGGUGCGAGGGCGGGGAGGUCACCGAGCGCACAGGAACGUCAGGGGGUCAAGGCAGAGCCGGGGUACACGUUACAGCAAACCUUCGAUCAGGUGAUGCAGUGGGGAGACAGGCUUGCACAGACCCUGGGGGACCUCCACAAGCCCCCCGCUGUGGUCCAGCCGGAGCCCUGGACAGUCCCCGCGUGCAGCCCGCCCGAGCUGGUAACCGGGGAGGCAGCCGCAGGAGUGAAGAGGAAGCCCAGCUGGUGGGACCAACUGAGCCAGAGUUCCCAGGUCUACCUCUCGACCUCCCAGGACAGCUCGGCCUUCGCCAAGUGGAUCAAACCCAAGACGACAGGCUCCAAAACCAACUCCCUCUCGCAGCCCUCAGCACCCAAGCAGGAGAGUACGGGUGGGACAAUGGCACAGGAGCGCAGCAGGCAGGUCGAUGACUCAGUGCGAGUGGAGUCCGCGCCGCGGGACACUGAUCACACACGGUUCAAUGCUGACGGCACAGGUUCCCCUGGCCCAGUGACUCAGAAAGACUCCAGAGAUGCCGCCAAUAGGAAACGCAGCCCCGGUGAGCAGCAAGAUCCCGCGCCCUGCCGCAAAGACCCGUCUGACAAGCUGGAAGAGGCAACUCUGCCCGCGACCUCGCCCAACGGCAGCCCCAUGGCAUCUCGGAGUGACCUGGAUGGGAAGGCGGCGUUCCGACUAGGAGACCGGCUGUGGCUGGGGAGAUUGUUUGGAGCCAAAGUUCCCUGUGCUUACUCGCCGAGUGACCAACCGCACCGAGAGGCCCAGGAGGGCCGGCGAGGCCGGUUGCCCUCGGACUGGCUGCAGGUGAACAUGACCCACUUUGAGCAGCUGUUUAAGGUGAUCCUUGUGGGGAAGGAGAGGUCCCCACAACUGACGGAAAUCAAUCCCCCAUCACAGGAAACCUCCAAAUCCACAAGAAAGGUACGAACACUGUGUGACCACACAGCCACAGAUGAAGACCACCUGAGCUUCCGGAGAGGGGACACCCUGGAGAUUCUGGCCUGUGUGAACGAGGACUGGAUCCGCUGUUGCCAUGGUGACGUCAUUGGCCUGGUGCCCAUUGGAUACACGUCACUCAUUUAGAAUAAAACCUGGGAGCCGCCGCUCACACAGUGAAA